AUGGCGGCUGCAGCCCCGGAGGCACUGGUGGAGUUGAUAACAAAUGCUGCCAGAGCAGCCCAGUCAGCAGCAGAAGCUGCGCGUACAAUGAAAGAAGUGUCAGAGGCAAAGAACCGAAGCAAUUUCUCAGAAGCUUCGAAGGUUGUCAAGUGUCCCGAGUUUUUCGGAUACCCCACUUCAGAUGAGGAUCAGAACUGUUGGCGUGAUUUUGCAUUUUCUUUUAAAGCUUGGUUGAUUUUCGCAGACAGUGGUUUUGAGGCUGAACUUGAGCAAAUCGAGAAGACUUCAGAUACUGUUUUUAGCGUCCCAACCAAUGCAGAGACUUUGCAAAGAGCCCACAAGUUGUAUGCCAUUUUGAGUGGAUUGUUGCGACAUCGUCCACUUCGUGUCCACAAACAGGUCAUUGAUAGGAAUGGCUAUGAAACUUGGAGACAGCUAUGCCAGUUGUAUGCACCCCGAACGAAGUCGAGGUCAAUCAGCUUGUUACAGGCUCUGAUGAGCUUUCCAGCCUUUGACAAGAGCAGGACGCUGCUCGAGCAAAUUCAGUCCUUGGAACGUGUCAGGGACGAGUACCAACGAAGUUCAACUGUCUCUUUGCCGGAUGAUUUGAUGGUUUCAACCCUUUUGCGUGUUUUGCCCAAGAACAUCCAACAACAUCUUCAUUUACAAAUGACCUCAACAACUGAUUAUGCAGCAGUGCGUGCCAUGGUUUUGAACUACGAAAUUGCAAGUUCUUCGUUUUCAACAGGCCGUAUUCAUGCUGAGUUGGGAGUUGUGACCAGUUAUUCAACAACAGCUGGUUCAGGUCCUAUGGAGAUUGACCGGAUUUCAGAGAAUUACAAGGGUAAGUCAAAAGGGAAGUAUGGCAAAGGCAAGGAUUCAAAAGGAAAAGGCAAACAAGCCCCUUACAAAGGUAAAGGGAAGUCUGCGUCGAAAGGUAUGAAAGGAAAGGGCAAAGGGGGCAACAAAGGAAAAUGCAAGUCUGGUGGUGUUUCAAAUGACACUUGUAGAUAUUGCGGCAAGGUUGGACAUUGGGAGAAAGACUGCAGAAAGCUGAAACGUGAUCAAGGUGAACAGGUCAGUGCAAUUACCUUGAAGCCUUCUUUGACCAGCUUGGGCCCUGGAUGGAACAUGUUGACACCGCAGUUGUAUGCCAUUUCAACCUUUGAGCCACGGCACAUCAACACAACUUUGAUACCAAGCAGAGAGUUGAUGUGGCUUCGUACAACACUUGUGAAGCGUGAGACUGGCUGGGAACUUGAUGAGUUUGCACAACCAAUUUCAGAGCUCAGUGACAUGACAGCACCUCUGCCAAAUGUUCAAUCGGUUUUGGAAGUGAUCACACUUGCGCAUGUUUUUGCAGUUCCACCUGAAGUGCUUGGUUUCAACAUGCCAGAAGGCCACAACACACCACGUGCAAUUGAUGCUCUUGCACCUUCUCUUCCAAUGUACCGUGAAAGCCCUGCUGAAGGACAUGGGGCAGUGGUCGAGGACUUUGUAGGUGCAACAGUGCAACCUGGAUCUCCCGCUGAUGAAGCUGCAUCAGACCCACCUUCUCCAAAUGAGGUGGAAGCAAUGGCAGAAAUGAAAGAACCCAGUGCAGAAGUUCCCCAACAGCCUGAGGGAAUUUUCACUGAUGUACCCAGCGUAGAGAUACCAGCAAAGGCGGGGCUACGAAUGAAGCCUCCACCACCAACCGCCGUUGUUGCAGCUCCAGCCACACCUGCAGAUGCUACUGGUGCUUCUUCCUCCUCAGCACCAAUGGACUUGCGUGAAAGCCCUGGCAUACAUGACACUGAGCAUGCAGAAUCAGAGCGUCCUGAGAAACAAUUGCGCAUCAAUGCCAUCUCAGAUGUUGGUGCUACUCCAAACUACUCCUUUGAUGAUUUGCAUGAAGAUGGCAAGCCAGAUUACUCCUUUUCACACCAAGAGCUGGAUGAUUUGGAAACGUACGAGCUUGGCCUUGAUGAUGAUGGGUACUAUGAAGAUGGUUUCCCAUCUGAGCAGUUUUCAGAUGAUGCUGAACGUUUGCUGCAAGAAGUUAUUUUUCCUUACACCAAAGAUGAGCCCAAUGUUCCAGUAGACGAACUUCAGCGUUUGGAUGCAAUUGCAGAUCGAAUUGAGAUGAUUCGAUUGAAAGGCCUUGGAGUGCUCUGUGACCCCAGCGUCUUGGAUGGAGUGACAUACAAAACCUUGUCCACUCGUUUCGUGCGUACGUGGAGAUGCAAGAAUGUUGAUGGCGUGGCAUGCUGGCUGAGACGCAGCAGAUUUGUGGCUCGUGAGUUUGCAUGGUUGAGUGAAGCCACAGAAAACCUUUUCAGUCCUGCUUCAAGUGCCAUUGCGUAUCGCAUCAUACCCACCAUGUUUUUGAAGCACCAGUCAACAUGGGGAUUGUAUGCAAUUGACAUCAAGGAUGCGUUUCUGACAGUUGAGCAGCGUGACCCAACCAUGGUAUAUGCUCAAGAUGCUUCAGGUGAAACAAUAGCAUACUCACUGGGACGUGUGUUGCCAGGUCAGAGAACAGGCAGCAUGUUGUGGCAUGAGUCUUUGACACAGCAUUUGAAGGAUGCAAUUGGUCUUGUUGAGUGCGAAUGCUACCCUAGCAUGCUCAAAUCACAGUGUGGACAAUGCUUCAUUCUUCUUCACGUUGACGACUUGUUUGUGACAGGAUCGAAGCAAUAUGUGAAUGAGGUAUUGAUCCCAUGUUUGAAGGCCAAAUACUCCAUUGCUGUGGACUCAGUUGAGAACCCAGGUGAUGAAGUUUCUUUUCUGAAGCGCAGUCAUGUUUUGCUUGAAGGUGGAAAGAUGCUCAUACGUUCGCAUCACAAACACUUCAGCCAGUUGAAGGAGUUGUUGGGAUUCGGAAAGAAAUACUUUGCAAAGAAAACACCAAGUCAUCCCAAAAUUGAUGACAUCGAUGAAACUCCAGUUUUGGCUGACUCAGAUGCGUCCAAGUAUCGAAGCGCAGUCGGCACCUUGUUGUACCUUGCGCCAGACCACCCACAGUGUCAACAUGCCAUACGUUUUCUUGCAACGCAAAUGAGCAGUCCAACAGAGCAUGCGUGGCAAGUCUUGAAACACCUUGUUUUGUACAUGCUUGGACACCAGGAUGUCUGCUUAAGCCUUGAGUUUGCAGGUGAGACUACAGGUAUUUUUCAUGAAUACACCAACAGCCGAUACGGCGUGUUGGAAGUAUUUACAGACGCUGACUGGGGAGCAUCAAAGAUGACAAGAUGCAGCAUCAGUUCAUGUGCCAUAUUCUAUGGUGGAUGCCUUCUCUACAGUGCGUCGAGAACGCAACGAGUGGUUGCGCUUUCCUCAGCUGAGUCAGAGAUUUACUCAGCAGCCUCAGGUGUAUGUGAUGCAGUGCUGGUGUGGAGAAUCCUGUGCUGGAUGACAGAAGCCCAAACCUUCCUUACAACUGAGAGCGUGAAGAAAGCCAUCAAGACCAUCAACUACUGUGCGAAAGUGCCACAUCAGGCGCUACAACUUAUGCUUCUGGUGAACGCCUUGGGCCUUGGCAAGGGAAAUGAAGAGUUUGAGACAACAGCAGAGCCUUCAUGGACGCAUGGUUUUCUCUCAAUGCUCACUGGACUCCUGUGUGCAAUCGGUGGUUUGAUCUUCCUAGUGCGAGUUGCUCAGCGUCGUCAACCACAUGACGCUGUGCUCCAACAGGUUGCUGAAGCUCCAAAUCAGCAACGUGACCCUGCAGUUAUGAAUGAGAUGGAUACUGAGUCCGAUGAACUGGACGAAUCAGCUGAACCAAUUCUGAACGCCGAGAGAGGUACAGAAAACGCUCCUGCUUCAACAGACCAUGCUGGAGAUCUUGCAAGGAUGCUUCGCCACCACGGACUUCCACCAGCGUAUGCACGCUAUUCGCCGGAGCACAUGAUCCUUUGGAUGAUCAUCAGAGGACAAGGGCGAAUUGCCCGCCAUGCUGGGACAAACCGUGGGAGACUUUGGACUUUGCGAGUGAGAGCCCUUACAGAGCUACUUCAGCAUGUGCGAACGUGCACCGAAGCAACGGUGCGACAGCGAGCUAUGACGACAAUGCUGGAUGCAGGUGAUUUCAGUUCAGACGAUGAUUCACCCUCUUGUGGUGAUGUUCCAGAUCAUCGACACCAGUACAUCGAAGAUGUUCAACAAGCAAGGGACUUUGCUGACCAUGUGAUCAGCACUAUGGGGCCUUCAGAUGCCGGCCCAAUCGACGAUGUGAUCGAAGCACAAAGACUCAUGAACAACACUGGAGAAGAAAACAUGGAAGAAGAGACACCGACGUCAGAUGUUCUGAUGGAUGGCGAUGAGAACAAUUACACGGAAAUGAUUGCGAUGCACAGAGAACGACGCCGAGCUAUGCAAGUGUUUAGAGCAAAUCGUGACGCAGCUCUUGAGUUGGGAAAUCGAGAAGAAGCUGCAUACUGGGAGAGUCAAGAGGACCAAUUACUCCUUUUGUGA